AUGCGUGUGAAUGCUGACAUGAACAUGCACUGGGCAGCUCAUAGUAAAAGCAAAGGCGAUGAUGCUGAUGGACCCAGCGGUCUGGCGGCGACGGUCUUGGCUCUUCUCCUCUUCUCUGUUCUCGGAGACACCCGCGGAGCUCCGCAGAGACCUUUGGAGAGAAGGAACUGGACCCCGCAAGCUAUGCUGUACCUGAAGGGGGCACAAGGGCGCCGCUUCCUCUCGGAUCAGAGUCGAAGGAAAGACCUCUCUGACCGGCUGCCUCCAGAGAGACGAAGCCAAAAUCCCAGAUUACUACCUCUUCCAGAGGCUGCAGCCCUACUGCUGGCUUUGUUGUCGAAACCACAAGAAGAUGGAGAAGAAAAAUUUGAUCCAAGCAGAUUCCUGGAAGACAGUCUGCUUAGCUGGUGAAAAUAUA